AUGGCCUCACCGGGCGCCGGCGCUGCCCGGUGCCCCCUUCCCCCGCCGCCGGAGCGGUGCGGGGCCGAGGGGCAGCCCUGCCCGCUCCCCCAGCGGAGCUGCCCUCGUCCCGCCGCUCUCGCUGUCACGGCCACGCCGGCUCCCGCAGGUGCCCGCCGUGCGCCCUGCUUGGAGCAGCGCAAUGAGCCGGCGCUGGGCUGCGCCGUUCCCGCCGGGACCGGCAGGUCCCGGUGUGUCGCCUCCCCUGCCCAGCCCGGAGGGCGGUGGGGCAGGACGGGCUCCCGCUGCUCCCUGACCCCGGGAUCCCCGGGCGCUCGUGGCUGCGGCCCGUCCGGGCCUGCUCCGGGCCGGCAGCGCUGGGGCCGGGGCCGCCGCGGAUAUUUUUAUCGCGUGCCCCGGCCAGUCCUUAACAGGCGGUUCCGUGACGGGGAGCCGAGGCGAACCGAGGCAGCGCCGGCAGCUGCUGACCGCCCCGCCCGGGAGGAGGCCGCAGCCCGGGCCGGGGGCCGCUGUGACCCACCGGGGCUGGCCCGUGUGCCCGGCACGGCUGGGCCUGCCCCUGGGCAGGGCACCCGCCGGGACCCGCCCCUGAGGGACGCGCGGAGCCCCGGGCCGGGGGUCCCGGGGAGGCCGCGGGGCCCGAGCCCCGGCGGGGACCACAACUCCCGGCGCCCCCCGCGCGGCGCCGCCCGCCCCGCCCCCCGUGACGCGCGCGGUCUCCAUGGCGACACCGUGACGUUCCGGGCGGGGUCAGAGGUCGCGGCGGCGGCGCCGGUGUUUGGGCAGCGGAGCCGCGUCCCGGCCCCGGUCAUGGCGGCCCGGCGGCUCCGCGGGGCCCUGCAGCUCGGGGCGCGGCGGGGGCUGCGGGCCGCGGCGGCCCCGCCCGGCAGGCACACAGUGCUCUACGGCCUCCAGCUCAGCCACCUGGGGCGCAGCACGAGGGGGGACCCCCAGAUCCAGCCCAGUCGGACCUUCCUGAACCUCACCAACAAGAGGAAGGAAUACUCGGAGCGGCGCAUCAUUGGGUACUCCAUGCAGGAGAUGUACGACGUGGUGGCCAACGUGGAGGACUACAAGAACUUCGUGCCCUGGUGCAAGAAGUCUGUGGUGGUCUCCAAGCGCACGGGGCACGUCAAGGCCCAGCUGGAGGUGGGAUUCCCGCCCGUGCUGGAACGUUACACCUCCAUCGUCACCCUGGUCCGCCCACACCUUGUCAAGGCUGUCUGCACCGACGGGCGCCUCUUCAACCACUUGGAGACCAACUGGCGCUUCAGCCCCGGCAUCCCCGGCUACCCCCGCACCAGCACCGUGGACUUCUCGGUAAGAGGCUGUGCUGGGGGGGCUGCCCCUCACCCAAGCUGACCCUCCUCAGAGUCA